AUGCUGGGCGGCCCCAAACCGGUGGCCGCCCUGGACCUGCUGCGCCGGCUGGGCCUGAUGCACGCCGUGUUCGGCCACGACCUGGGCACCGACGGGCGACCCGGGGUGGCCUGGGAGGCCCUGCGCCUGCUCGACCUGGGGCUGGGCCGGGAGGCGCGGCGCGACCUGAUGGCCGCGGCGGCGCUGCUGCCGGUGCGGGAGGAACGAGUGCCGGCGGCCAAGGGCAGGCACACCUCCCUGGCGGCCAGCCUGCUGCGCACCGCCCUGAAGUGGCCCACCCGGAGUGGGGAGCGGGUGGAGGCCCUGCAUGCCGCCGCGCCCCAGCUCCUGCAGGUCCUGCAAGAGGGCCUCCGGGGGGAGGACGGGGCCGUGGGCAAGGAGAGCCUGCAGGUGACCCUGGGGCGGUGCCUGCUCGCGCUCAAGGACAGCUGGCGGGAGGGGUGCCUGCUGGGCGCCCUGCUGGGCAGUCCCACCGACCCUGCCGGCACCGCAGAGGGCUGCCGCAGCCUGGUGGCCGCGGUGGGGGGCUGGGGCCUCCAGGGCUGCUGGGAGUGGAAGCCGCCGGUCAACGGGCGGCGCGUCAUGGCGCUGCUGGGGGUGAGCGGGAAGGAGGUGGGGCCGGUCAUGGCCGCCAUCACCGACUGGCAGCUGGCGCAGCCGGGCGGGAGCGCGCGGGAGUGCGAGGCGUGGCUCCUCACGCAGACCAGGUGGGCGCCCAGUGUGCGGGAGGCGACAGCGCCCGAAGCCGGGGACGGCAGCGUUGAAAAGUGA